UAUCAACACCUUUGAGAACAGAAUGUUAAUGCUUGAUGGGAUGCCGUCAGUCAGAGUCAAAACAGAGCUUUUGGAAUCUGAACAAGGGUCUCCAAACGCCCACAACUACCCCGAUAUGGAAGCCGUUCCCCUGUUGCUAAACAAUGUGAAGGGGGAGCCCCCGGAGGACUCGUUAUCUGUGGAUCACUUCCAAACACAAACUGAGCCCGUGGACUUGUCAAUAAACAAAGCCAGGACGUCCCCCACUGCUGUUUCAUCCUCCCCAGUUUCCAUGACAGCGUCUGCCUCCUCGCCUUCUUCAACUUCGACCUCCUCAUCGUCUUCUAGUCGUCCAGCCUCAUCCCCAACUGUCAUAACAUCAGUUUCUUCAGCAUCAUCUUCAUCAACAGUAUUAACUCCAGGGCCCCUUGUUGCCUCUGCAUCUGGUGUAGGAGGCCAGCAGUUUUUGCACAUCAUCCAUCCUGUCCCGCCUUCAAGUCCCAUGAAUUUGCAGUCUAACAAACUGAGUCAUGUUCACCGCAUUCCCGUGGUGGUGCAGUCGGUGCCUGUUGUCUACACAGCUGUAAGGUCACCUGGAAAUGUGAACAACACUAUUGUUGUGCCGCUUUUGGAGGAUGGGAGAGGCCAUGGCAAAGCACAAAUGGACCCCCGAGGCCUAUCUCCCAGACAAAGUAAAAGUGACAGUGAUGAUGAUGACCUGCCAAAUGUGACCUUAGAUAGCGUUAAUGAAACUGGAUCUACGGCCCUUUCCAUAGCCAGAGCAGUACAAGAGGUACAUCCGUCUCCAGUAUCGAGGGUCCGGGGAAAUCGAAUGAAUAAUCAAAAGUUUGCCUGUUCAAUUUCACCAUUUAGUAUUGAGAGCACAAGACGCCAGAGACGGUCUGAAUCCCCAGACUCCAGAAAGCGGCGUAUCCACAGAUGUGAUUUUGAGGGAUGCAACAAAGUGUACACAAAGAGUUCUCACCUGAAGGCUCAUCGGAGGACACAUACAGGAGAGAAGCCCUACAAGUGUACCUGGGAAGGCUGCACCUGGAAGUUUGCCCGUUCGGAUGAACUGACGAGGCAUUACCGCAAACACACGGGAGUGAAGCCAUUCAAGUGCGCGGACUGUGAUCGCAGCUUUUCCCGGUCAGACCACCUGGCCCUGCACCGCCGGCGGCACAUGCUGGUGUGAGGAAUGCUUCUUGUCCAGCUGAGCAUAAGAGCUGGAUCUCUUAGCGGCACCCAGUUCAGCAGGGCUGAAUCCCCUUCACAGUGUUACCACAAAGGGCAUCACCAUCCCACGAUGUCUGAAACCGGAGCAGGAAAAAGAAGAAACCAUUCUCCUUUCGGUGUGAAGGUAACCCCCACCAUGACUACGCAAGAACCGUCUUCACGCUGGCCUGGGAGCUGAGGGACACACAUGCUGAAGAGACAGGCAGUGUUUCCCGUGCUGUGUACUCUGCCACUUAAAGAUGUUUGUAGCUUGUACAUUUUCCAAGCUGUCAGACAUUUUGUUAUUGAUACCUUAAAGGUCACCUACCACAAAUUGAUGGCUAGAGCAAGACCUUUUACAUUUGGAUGGUUCUCCCAUCAUCCCACCCCUCUGCCCCUUUUUACAAAAAUUUUAGUUACUCUCUAAGUAAACUAGAACACACAUCCAAUCUGUUACCAGCAAGCAGCAUGAAAGUAGAAAAGAAGAGGCUGUCGGAGAGGUCCCAUUACCUGGAAAGAAAGGGGCACUCAAGCAGCUCUUUGCAAUGGUGAUGGCGGCAGCUAGAUAUCGCUCGCAACUUGUCAUUCUGCCAUGCCCUGAAGAAACCAACAUUGAAUCUUUCAUUUGUUUGUCGUUGAUUGUUUUUGUUUUGUUUUGGUUCUGUUUUGUUCAUCUGUUCAAGCAGAGGGGCAGCGACAUUUCAGUUAAGUCUCGUCCUGGUCUCUGCCCUGGCAUGGACUGGCACAGAGGUGUUCUGUAGUUGAAUAGGAAGAGCCUGUCUAAAAAACUACUGCCCCACUUCAAAUUGCAGUGUCCUGUCACCCAGGCAUCAUCUCUUCCUGCCCCUAGUAUUUGAUUACAAGGAAUCAGGGGAAAAAAACUUUCUUAGACACACUGGCACCAAGGUAAGGUGGGGCUGCCCAGGCAAAGUCAGUGAACAUGAAAAAUCAGACAAAGCAGAGAUGGAAAUAAUGCACCUCUUGAGGAGAAAAGCAAUAACGAAUAAAAGGACUUUCCUACAAUAACUUCACUGAGGACUCACGUUACCAAUUUUCAUACUUACUAAAGGGAUUGUAAAAAACACCCCAGCAUUUUAGAUGUCUUGGUUACCUUUACAGCACUGAGGUCAUCUUUCUGCUGUUUGUUGUCCUGCUUGGUUGAGUACCACAAUUAAAGAUUAUGCUCCCCUUUUCUUGUUUGAAAA